GGCAGUGCCUCUCCUCUCUCCGCCGGUGGAGUCGAGCCGAGCCGAGCCGAGCCAGCUGGUGUCGCGGAGCUCAGCGCGUUGCGUGUGCGGAGCCGAGCGCGCGCCGUCGUCGCGGUGGUGCUCAAGAAGUGCGUGUUUGUGAAGUGUGUUGCUACCCCCGUGCGCCGGGCGGCUAUGACACGGGGGUGACCCAAGCGCGAGCAUGGAUACCUCAGCCGGCCGGGACGGCCGCUUCAACCUGGGGUACAACAUGUCCCUCCUGGGCGGAGACACAUCCCCGGACAUGUACGGUGGCGGCCGGUCGUCGUCGGCCUCCCUGGGCGGCAUGGGCGGCGGGCUGACGGGCACGUGCGGGCCCGCCGGCGGCGGCCCUCCGCGCGGACUCAAGCGCACCUCCUCGGACGUGUGCUUCCUGGACGGGGGCGUGUCGGGCCGCGGCGGCGGCGGCCUCGACUGCGGCGCGGACCUUAUGGACGACGGCGGCUACUCGCCCGCGCCCCAGAAGAGCGGCCCGCCCCCCAACGGCAAGAAGACCAAAGGCCGCGUCAAGAUCAAAAUGGAGUACAUCGACAACAAGCUGAGGAGGUACACCACCUUCUCGAAGCGGAAGACAGGCAUAAUGAAAAAGGCGUACGAGCUCUCGACGCUGACUGGCACGCAAGUGAUGCUGCUGGUCGCCUCGGAGACGGGCCACGUCUACACGUUCGCGACGCGCAAGCUUCAGCCCAUGAUCACCUCGGAGGCGGGCAAGGCCCUCAUCCAGACGUGCCUCAACUCCCCUGACCCUUGCCCGUCCUCCGGCGGCGGCAGCGGAGGCGGCGGCGGCAGCGACCAGCGCAUGUCGGCGACGGGCUUCGAGGAGACGGAGCUCUCGUACAACAUUGGCGACGACGAACAGAAAGAGUCUGACGAUACCAUGCCGUCCCCGAGGUCCGUGGACGAUGGCGACAUGAGCGGUGGCGAGUCGUCCGGCGGAGAGUCUCCGCGCGCCCUCAGCCCCGAGCCCAAGCCCAAGUUCACUCUCCCGGACAUGAUCCGGGCAGGUAUAAAAAAUGUUCUGCAGAAAGGUGGAGGUGGUACCUCACUGACUCCAGCUAGCGCUCCUGAAGCCCACCAACAAACAUCAACGUCCACUUCUUCCCCACUGACAUCAUCGGCAUCUCUCAUUUCAACAUCUUACCCAGGAGUGAUGUACCAAACUGCUCAAGGCCUGGUAUAUGCUACUCCAAGUCCCUCACUACCCAAUGGUGUAAUAUUGAGUCUCCCACCUGGCAUUCAACUUCAACCACACAACGAAGCUAACGGUAGUUCUGCGUCAUCAUCAUCAUCAUCAGCUCAAGCUGCAGCAGCUGCAGUUUUACGACAACCACAAUUUAUAAGAAUACCCUUCCCAAUGGCGUUGUCAGACCCACAGGUUUCUGUACCAUCACAGUCACGAAAUAUUAUGUCAGAAGCUGCUGACUUAAGUAAAGGUCGUAAAUAACACAUUGUGAUUUCACAUGUAAUUUUUUAUUGUAACAUAUGUCGCUCAUUAUAAAAAAAUAGGUUUUUUUUCAUCUUCAUUUUGUUUUUAGCCACUUACAUGUGUGGAAAGUAGUUCAGUGAAUUCAUUGAUUUGAACUCUCAUCAUCCAUGGCUGGCACCAUGCAAACUGAGUUACUGAACAGCAAUAUCCUUUCAUAUGGUCUGCUUAUUGGUGUUUUUUGUAACUAUUGAACCAAUUGAAUGUAUUAAUUGCGAGAUCUGGGGUUUCAUAUACCAAAGGUUAAUCCUCUAGUAAUGUGAUUACCACCAUACAUUAGGUCUGCAGUGUAAGAAGAAAUAAGAGAUUGGUUUACCUUACUACACUGUUUGGUUCUGAUGGCCAGUUUGUUAUGUGUAACAAAUUUUGUUAUUUAAUAUUUAUGUUGAGAGGUUCUGGUAGGAUUGACUACCAUCUCUUUCAAUUGCUGUUCUGCUUUGUGACCGUCCAUUACUUAGAGAGAAUAGUAACUCUGCACAAACAUUUAUACUUAUUCUUUUUAAGUCAUUGAAUACAUUUGACGUCAGUCAGCCAACUAAAGUUGUGCUGUUAGUUUUCUUGUUUCAUGUAGUAGAUGUUAUUGUAGCUUCUUUUUGAUUUUCUAAUUGUAUGUGAAGUGUAAGAUGCGGACACAAAGUUUUGAGUACAUAGUGAAAUUUUUAUUUGGACAUAUACAAUGUAACUUUGUAAUUUUCUGCAUAAUUUUGUGUCCAAAAUAAUUGUGAUGACUAAUUUUUUCUUGAAAAAGAAGUAUGAUUUGGACAGAUUCUUUUGUUUAACCAAUUCAUUGAUAAAUUUAAAAUUUAUCGUAGAAAAGCCUUCUGUUUUUGUAAAGGGGACCAAGAAAAUUUUAAUACUUCUUUGUAUGAAAACAGGCAGUAUGUAGCUCAUGACUUUGUAUAAUUCAAUGAGACUUUUGUAAAAAUUGAAAACAUAAAGACUGCAUAUUCUGUACUACUAAAUAAGGCUUCUAUAUUUUGCUGUGUGGCAAUUUUAAAAAUAAGGUAAUGUAGGCUGGAGAUUGAUGGAAUGGAACAAAUUUUGAGUCUUGAAUCAUGUUGACAUCAAAUUGAGCUGUGCACGUAAUAACUAAGUUUUUGUUUUACUUGA